UAGGACAUGCCGUCACUACCCAGCAUCCAACUGCCUGACACCACCACCACCACCACCACAGCUACCAACAUGCUGGUGGACACGACGAAGCAAACGCUGCUUCCGGGCCAUGUGGCGGUAAUGCAUGUGACGACAUGCGGCCAAAGUGGGGCCGGGCUCGGGUCGGACGAGAAGGAGAUCGUACUGCUGAUUUACGUAAUCAUCGAUGUGCAGACAAAUAAUAUAAUUGGCGUAAAGCAGUAUCUAGUCCGACCGAGGAAUUCGACAUUCCGCACCGAAUCAUCGGCCAGCAACGCUCUCGGUGCCCUGUCCAGCAGCACUCUUACCGGCAGCAACAGCAACAUCAGCAACAGCAGUAGCAGCAGUACAGUGACAGCGACUGCCGCCGGAUGCCCUGCCGGCAUCAAUGUAUCGACCACGGGUGUCGGAUCGGUGGCCGACAGUAGUAGCAGCAGCAGCAGCACGGCGCUUGCUGUCCCGGCUGGCUCCACAUCUCCGGGCGCUGUCGCCGUACCGUCCCCGCCGGAAUGUGCAAUAACGCAGGAGAUCCCGGCAAUUGAAUCGCUGGUACAGACCAACGGGCGUCCCCUGGAGGAAGUGAUCCAACAGUUCGAUGAGUACACCAAGUCACUCAACCUGGACCCACACUGUCCCAGCUUUCGGCUAGUCACCGACGGUCAGCUACCACUCCGGCAGUGUCUCCACCCUGAAGCGAGUGCCAAAGACAUCGACCUGCCACAGUACUACUGGCGGUUUUGUGACCUGCGGAAGGAGUUUGUGCGCUACCGGGCCGGCGAUCUGUCCCGUGCGCUUGUCCCGGUUGCUGAAGCCCAGAAGCUCGCGUCCAUGCCAAGUCUGCCGCCAACUCCGGCCUCGGUGGCUGAUAUUAUUAAAGAUCUAGAAUUGCAGGCCUGUCAAGACAAUAACGAAUUCUACGUCAAAGAAGCACGCGACAUGGUGACGAUCGUGAAACAGCUGAUCACUCUAGGACACAAAUUUGAAGCGAAUGAAAUAAUCAACCUAAACCUGGAGCCUGGCAUAUGCUCAAUCGACGACGAAAUCGAUGGAACGUGUAUAGUGCGUGCACGUGGACUGCCGUGGCAGAGCAGCGAUCAGGAUAUUGCCAAGUUCUUCCGCGGAUUGAAUGUUGCAAAGGGUGGUGUAGCACUUUGCUUAUCGCCACAAGGACGCCGUAACGGGGAAGCAUUGGUACGGUUUGUGUCACAAGAACAUCGCGAUAUGGCGCUCAAGCGACACAAGCAUCACAUCGGCAAUCGAUACAUUGAAGUGUAUCGAGCCAACGGUGAAGACUUCCUAGCCGUGGCAGGUGGUGCAUCUAAUGAAGCGCAAGCUUUCCUAUCGAAGGGCGCCCAGGUAAUUAUCCGGAUGCGCGGAUUACCGUACGAUUGCACUGCAAAGCAGGUGCUUGAUUUCUUCGCAAAUGGUGAAAACAGUUGCAACGUGCUGGAUGGUGCCGAUGGCAUACUGUUUGUGAAGAAACCGGACGGACGGGCAACGGGCGAUGCGUUCGUUCUCUUCGAGCAGGACACGGACGCAUCGAAAGCACUGUCGAAACAUCGGGAAUCGAUCGGACAGCGCUAUAUUGAGCUGUUUCGCUCGACAACGGCGGAAGUGCAGCAGGUUUUAAAUCGGUCGAUGGAUCCGAAGACCUACGAGCCACCGCAACCACCGCUGAUUGCACAGUUACCGCAGGUCCAGAUGCAACUAUUACCCCAGCAUGUCAUCACUAGCGGUAUCGAGAAGAACUGCAUUCGAUUACGAGGGCUUCCGUAUGAGGCGAAGGUGGAACAUAUACUACACUUCCUGGACGAUUUUGCGAAUCACAUCGUCUACCAGGGUGUACACUUGGUGUACAACGCUCAGGGUCAGUUCAAUGGUGAGGCGUUCAUUCAGAUGGACUCGGAAACGGCCGCCUACCAGUCCGCACAGCAGAAACACCACAAAAACAUGAUGUUCGGCAAGAAGCAGCGCUACAUCGAGGUGUUCCAGUGUUCCGGCGACGACAUGAACAUGGUGCUGAACGGUGGCUUCCAGCAGCCGGCCAGCCUCUCGAAACCGUCGCUCCUCUCACCGGGUAUGUUACCGACAGCGGCGACACAGCCACCGACACAAUCACCCCAGACGCUCUCACUCUCCCAAAUCCCGCUACCGAUCCCAUCUCCGCUCGCUCUCUCGGUACCGCCGCCGAACCAUCAGCUGCUCGCCCAGCAGCAAGCACAGUACAUCGCGCAGCACAAUCUCCUGGCACGCCAGGCAGCUGCGGCCGCCGCCGCCCAGCAGCAUCAGCAACAUCAGCAUGAACAGCUGAUGCUACAAAAUCUCGGCAUGUACGUUACCGGACCACCGACCAGUGUCGCUACAUCGUUGGGCGGUGUGUCACAGCAGGGUAGUGCCGUGGCGGCCGGUACACCAACGUACGUUACGGCCGGUAGUGGAGGUGGAUUGCCAACCUCUGUGACCGGUGCUAGCGCUGGUGGUGGUGGGUAUGGUUACGGGCAUGGAGCGGCGGCAGCAGCCGCCGCUGCUGGUCUUGCUAGUUUGGGUGCCGCUUCCGCUGCAUCCGGUGCAAGCGGUGCGGGUGGCUUGCCGCCCCAUCUAACCGGUGGUGGUCAUCCGGGCCAUUCGCUUGCCGCCCAGUACCACCACCAUCCACUGUACUUUAUGCACCGGCAGAUGCUCGCAUCGAAUGGUGGCAUACCGGUAGGGUUGAUGGCACCUUCGCACACAGCGGCAGCAGCAGCCGCAGCCGCUCACCAUCAACAUGCCGCUGCUGCCUUUCAGCAUCAGCUGCAUCACUUUGGUGGUGGUGUUGGACCUACCGGUGCAACUUCCGGUUCCGGUGCGACCAGUUCGCUGUCGCACCAUGCUUCCGGUUUGGUGCAUCACCCGUCGCAGCAUCACGCAAUGCAAGCGAUGGCGGCUGCCGCUGCCUCACAGUCGGCUGCCGGUAUGCUUCCGUCCAAGCGGUCGUACGACAGCGCAUUCCGGGGUGAUCAAUCGUCGGCACUGGCGACUAGUGCCGGCAGCAAACGACCCUUCCACGGUACACCGACACAGGGUGCGGCGGCGGCGGCUGCUGCAGCGGCGGCCGCUUCCGUUGCUUUGUACGCACCAUACUAUCAUCCGCACAUCUGA